AUGCCAUCCCCACUGAAGCAACUGGUUACAUUCACCAGCCAGACAGCGGGACUGGAAAAAACCCUCCGCCUUAUCCAGGCAGUCUCGCAAAUCGUCGGCGUAACCAGCGACGACAAAACCCUCUCGACGCAAUGUCUCGCGGCACGGGACCGAUUAGCCCUAGGCCGUCGCUACUUCCGUCUCCUGGACUUCUACGGCUGCUUUGAACGCGUCCAUGUCCUGUCUACAACCCCUUCCUCGGCAGGGGCUUUACUGGCCACCAUGGAGCUUGCGCAGUUUACCUUCUUGGGACUGUAUCUGUUUCUUGAGAACUUUACAAUUCUCCACGACAUGAACGUCGCCCGGGUGAACUGGUACCGCCCGCUCAUGACCGAGGCAAACAAGUUCUGGUUCUACGCUCUGGUAUUGUCUAUUCUUCGUAUGACGUGGUUGAUUUUCUUCCCUGUGGAGCCUGCUCCCACGGCAAAUGGUAAGGGUAAGGCAAAGACAGAGAAGACUGCAAGCCAGCCAAAGUGGCCCCUGGUGAAGAAGAUUAUCAUUGAUGGCUGUGACUUAACCCUGCCUGGGUCUUUUAUCGGGUGGGUUCCGGCUUCGGGAUUGCAAGUUGGUGCUGCGAUGGUUGUGAGUACGGUUCUGGUUGGGCAUAAUGUUUGGUUGGCGCAGCAGCAGAGACUCCGUUAG